UUCUGCCACAGCCAUACAUCAUGGGCUGCAUGAAGUCAAAGCAAACGUUCCCAUUUCCUACCACGUUAGACGUUGACAGGCUAUAUGAAAGCGAAGAAGCCUUUGUGCAAGACGACAGCUGUCAAUAUACAGUCCCUUCUCCAAGGCAACCUCAAGUCCAGGAGGAAGUGAAACCGCCCCCAGGACCCAGUACUGUGGUCCUUGAAUUUGCAGAACGUCUGUCCAAGGAAAUUGUGCAGGAUGCCUUGCAGCAGUGGGCAUGUGAAAACAUCAAGUACUACGACAUUCCAUUCAUCGAGAGCGAGGGUUCUGACACCGCCAUUGGGUGAUGACACUUUGCUGUGCUCUGGGUGUAGUCGGUGCUAGUUUAAAAUACAUGAAAUAAGUUUUAAAACUCCAAAUGGAUGUAAAACCAUGUCUGUGAUAUUAUUAUUAGU